AUGGAGGGGCAGCCAACAUAUGCCAAGGCAGGGCAUGCACCUCCACACACUCCAAACAAGAAGUUCAAAACCACAUUAUACAUCUCAACCACGUUUCGACCACGUUUCAACCACCUCAUGUGCGGCUGUUGCAUACCCCAUGACCCUAUCCACAGAGAGCUUGCAGCGGCGGGCGGUGGCUUAGCAGGGCGAUGUAGACUUGGUUUUGCCGUAGAGUUUCUCGCGAGUCCGGCUGUGAUGCUGCACGUUUGGGGUGUUGCCGGCGAGAAGGUGGCCACCAUCGCAGUCCAGGAGCUAGGUGAUGUCUUGAGCUUGAAGCGGCGUUUGCACAAACUGUGCGGACUGCCAAGAUUUCGUCAAAGGCUGUUACAAAGCGGGACUGCCUUGCAAGAUGAGACUUCACCGGACACCGAUCUGGAAGUGCAGCUGCUUUUGCUUCCCUUCCAGGAUAUUCCACAGCGUGAUGUGGACACUUUCAUAAGUGCUGCAGCUGAUGGCGAGGUGGCGCGGCUGGAGGAAAUGCUGCAGUUGCCCAUAGAUCCGAACUUGGAAGCUUCCUUUGGUGAGAGGAUCCAGGCCUGUGCCAACCAAGAGUGCGGUCUGCGCGUCUGCUCCGAUCGCUCCCUUGGGGGCUUCUGCUGCCGAGGCUGCCACGCAUCCCUUGCCUCCGGAGUAGCUCCGCAGCACGAUGCGGCCUGUGAGCAGGUGCCCGCGGCUCCGUUCCUGCCGCGCGCGCCAUGCACACCGCCGGUGCAAGGCCCGAGCCCUUGGAUGCGGCCGCUGCGACCGCUGCGCCCUGCCUUGGGGCCUCCGUCCAAUGGCCGCCAGAUCCCCGCGGCGAUCCCCGCCUUGCGCGGAUGUGGCGGCACACGCGUCAUCCGCGCUCCUGGCCCGCCUCGGAACGGGAUUCACUGCAUCAUCCCAGCUGCAGCCACCAAGCGCCCGCUGGCCCCGCAGCAUCCCCCGCCGAAGAAGGCCAGAAUAGCAGCAGCCUGGAGCGUUUUGCCUCCAGAGUCCUGCGACCAUUUCUCCGAGGAGGAGGAGGAGGACGAAGAUGCCUCUCCAGUUCCACAGCUGCCGGCCAUACCCAAAGCUGCCAAAGCUGCACAGAUUUACAAGAAGAAUGGGUACGCAGAGGUGCUCACUGGGCCAGCCAGUAAGCCUGCCAUUGGGCCUGCCAUUAAGCCUGCCAUUGGGCCUGCCGUUCGCAUUCCGAAAGCCGUCAGAGCCAGUCCGGCCGCUUACGAAGACGGAGGCGUUCCCAUUCCGAAAGCCGUCAGAGCCAGUCCGGCCACCUACGAAGACGGAGGCGCGAAUCAGCCGGCCCCUGGAUUUCGGGGUAUUCCCAAAGUUCCCAAAGCCGCUCCAAGACAUGUCGAAGAUGGAGGAGACGGUGGAGGGGAUGCUGGGGAUGCUGGAGGGGAUGGUGGAGGGGAUGCUGUGCUGUCUGGGCUCUUCCGCGGAGUGCCCAAAGCCAUCCCAGGGACUUAUGAGGAAGACGACGACGACGGCGAUUCUCUGGAGGAACAGCUGUUGUCUCAGGUUUCCCCGUGUACGUCCCCACCCGUCAAACUGGCGACAUUCGCAGCAUCGGAGCAGAGUGAAGAAGAGGUCGUCACCUCGACGGUGGACUUCGAAGCUUUAGAGCGAAAAGCCGAGAACCGCGCAGAGGAGCGCUUUGCGAUGGGGGAGGCGACGCUCGCGGAUCUGAAGCUGCUAGGUCGUAGGAAAGGAAACCAAUCCCUUGGCUUCACCUUUGCGGAAGGUAUCGCUGAGGAUUUUAUGGUUUGCCAUACGUGCUUGCAGGUGCAUGGCUCCAUCAAUGAUCCUGAAAUCUUGGAGUGCGCCGCAUGCCCGGCAUACCCUGUUUCGCCAGAGUUGGAACCCAUCAUUCGUAGCUUCUCAGAGGGGUGA